AUGAGUCACCCCUCGCUGACCAAUAGAGAGGCCAAUGAGAAAAACAGCGACCUCAACAACCAGUUGACCGUGAGUGGGAGGAGGAAGCUGGAGGUGGAUCUCCAGACUCUGCAGCAGGAGCAUGAGGAGCUGCAAAGAGAGCUGAGGGGAUCCACAGAUAAGUCCAAGAAGGCCAGCUGUGAGUUGGCGCGAGUGGGGGAGGAGCUGCGUCUGGAGCAGGAGCACACAAUCCACCUGGAGAGAGUAAAGAAAUGUCUGGAGGCUCAGAUCAAAGACAUGAGCAGCAGGCUGGAUGAGGACGAGCAGAUGGCACUGAAGGGAGGCAAGAAGAUCAUCCAGAAGUUGAUUAUAAAGUGUUUUGCUUGUCGUCUUGCGGACAGACCUGACAAAGCAUUAAUUCAUGCUUUUUACUAAUCGGUAUCAAUAACUACAUAAUGAUGUAGUUAUUUUUAUAUCCUUUUGAUACGUUUAUUGCAAUUAAAAUAUCAGUUAUUUUAACCCUAACAAACCCUAACCAGAUUGUUUUACAAUUGGCCAGUUGACUCAGUCAACAGUUAAUUUUUUUAGCCAGUAAAAAGCUAAAUUGUGACAGGUGAAGGAGAUGGAGCUGGAGUUGGAUUCAGAGCAGAAGCACGCUGAGACAGUGAAGACAUCCGCCAGAUCAUCAGCUCAUGACUAACAUCUCAUGCUUCAGCAUUCUGUUGUGACAAAUAUGGGGUUUACAGCACUACGUACCCUGGCCUGGUCAGGUCACCCAGCUCUGUGGGUUCAGAGGGCAGAGGGGAAAAGAUCCUCAACGACGACAAUGGUCAAGGUCAGCUCCCUCAUCCCAGUGUAUCUCAACUUCGUCAAGAAGCUCAUGGUAGAUUAGAAACCAAGCUGUGACGCCAUCAUGCUCAGAAUGUCAGAGUACAGCUUCAGCUGUCUCCAGGUGCUACAACUAUUUUUUUUCAAGAGUGAAACAUGGUGCUGUAUGGGUUUGAAUGUGUUGUGAAACUGCAGUUUAAGCUUCUCUGAUGUUUGUACUAAAAUCCCAAAAUCCCAAAAAGGUAGUAUUUUAUUGCAAUGAUUUAUAAGUAGUUAAUUAAUCAUCCGUUUAUUAUGAACAUCAUUAACAAAUUAUUUAUGUACAUUUGUAAAUGACAUAACAAUAAUUAAUAGCUGUUCAUCUGAAGCAUAAACUAUUCAUCAUUUAUAAAUGUUGCACUGUGGCCCAAACAAUGUUUUCUCUACUCAGAGAAAUUUAAUAUGUAACAAUGUAUGCCUUAUCUUGCCUAAAUGAGCAAGAUAGAGAAGCUAAAACUGUAUUUAAUGCUAGCUAACCGGACCUGUAAGCUACUUAAAUGUUUCCCAACUGCUAAGGACUGGAGGCACAAAGUAAGAACCAUAUUCUGUAACUUUAUAAAUCUUACUAGUAACUUUUAGAACAUUUUCUACAAGUUAGUCCGUACUAACUCGUAGAAAAUGUACAGAACAUUGAGACUAGCAAACAUCGGAUUUUAGACAGCAUGGCUAGGGUAGCAGGUUAGCCAAGAAGUCUAGGUUAGCAAGUUGAUUCCUAAUAUAUGACACAAUGUUAAACAUUAUCUCCAGCUCUACGUGCUAAUUACUGUAUGUAGCCACUAUUUCAUACCUGCCAGAGAAAUAAAUAAAAACCUUUUUAGAUGAAUAUAUUCAGCUACAACAGCAGCUAUUAUUUGCACCUAGUUAAACCGGUUCAAACUGGUAAAGUGUACAUCAAUCACAUUUUUGACUACUUCGUAUUGUGGUAUCAACAAAUGCAUCUCAAUGAUUUGUAAAUGAUUAGUUCAUCAUUACCUAAUUAUAAAGGUCUUAUAACCAAUUUUGUAAAGUGUUACUAAGUAAGAAAUGCAACAAGGUGCCAUCAGUACAUGGGUUAUUUUGGGUAAAUAAUAAGAAAUGCAAAGUAUUUGACCUAAACUGUUGAAGGUUUCCAAUUGUAUCUGAACUUUUAACCUUAUCU